AUGUUCCGAGCAGAGACUCCCUCCUCUCUACCACUGUACAACGCACCACCACCAAAAUCACGCGAUUCCUCCAACACCCUCCAACCGCCCGCGGACCCUCACCCGCGACACCACCAGCGGACGAACAGCCGUGUCAAGCUCCCAGGCCAGCAAUCGAUAACAUCCGAACACGCGCAACUCAGCGCCGCGGAAGUCGCGACCCGCCACUCCACCUCAUUAUCCCACGGCCUCCACCCGGCAGACGCCAGCACGCGUCUGCACGUGCAAGGACCCAAUGAGCUUCCCCAUGAAGAACCCGAGCCGCUAUGGAAACGCUUCCUCAAGCAGUUCCAGGAAACGCUCAUCUUGCUCCUGCUAGGCAGCGCGGGUAUCUCAGCCAUAAUGGGAAACUACGAGGAUGCCAUUUCGAUUGCUAUAGCAGUCACGAUCGUCGUCACCGUCGCCUUUGUGCAAGAGUACAGGAGUGAGAAGAGUUUGGAGGCGCUGAAUCAGCUGGUGCCGCAUAGUGCGCACGUGAUAAGAAGUACAGCAGGCGGGCAUGAUCGGGAAGGAGCGACGGGAGAGCAGAAUGGUGCGGUCAAGGGCCCAGGGACAGCUGGCUUGGAGAAGGCGGAGAAGGCAAGUACGACUGUGAGUGCGUCGCAAUUGGUCACGGGGGAUCUGGUGCUGUUUCAUACUGGCGAUCGCAUACCGGCGGAUAUCCGCGUCACGCAUGCGGCGGAUCUGAGUAUAGAUGAGAGUAAUUUGACGGGCGAAAACGAGCCGGUGGUGAAAAGACCAGAUGUGUUGGAUGCAUCGACACAGGCGAAUGGGAGUAUACAGUCACCAUAUGCAGCCGGACGAGGCGGAGCGUUGCGAUUAAACGAUCAGCAUAAUAUUGCUUUCAUGGGGACGUUGGUCAGGACGGGAUACGGGCAGGGCAUUGUCGUUGGGACAGGAGGAGACACCGAAUUCGGUGCUAUCAGUGCCUCGUUACAGGAGAUUGAAAGUCCCAGGACACCACUCCAACUCUCCAUGGAUCGACUGGGGAAAGAUCUGAGCUACAUGUCGUUCGGAGUGAUUGCACUAAUCAUGCUAGUCGGACUAUGGCGCGGUCUCAAAUUCCUCGAGCUCUUCCAAAUCGGCGUCUCGCUGGCCGUGGCUGCUAUACCGGAAGGUCUGCCCAUCAUCGUGACCGUUACUCUGGCACUAGGUGUCCUACGCAUGAGCAAACGCAACGCCAUCGUCCGCCGACUACCCUCCGUCGAAACACUAGGUUCCGUGAAUGUAGUCUGCUCGGACAAAACAGGCACGCUGACGGUAAACCACAUGACGGUAACCAAAAUGUGGUCCUUCGGCGCCCUGGAGCCGACGGAAGUGAGUAAGGUGCGGAAAUCACAUGCUCAUGGCGCUGGCACUCAAGCCAUCUUACGCUCGUCGAACAUUGUGAAUAAUGCCCGUCUGGACUCCCACAGCCAAAGCCAUGUGUCCGCCGCCAAUGCCGCAGUGCUAGCGAGCACAGGAGGCGCGGACGAGCCUUCGACGAUGAAAAGUAGAUGGGCGGGCCAGCCGACGGAUGUAGCGUGUUUAGAUCUCCUUGACGCCUUCCACGAGGAUGAUGUUCGGGAACGUCUAGGUGACAGGAAGCACGUAAUCCCGUUCUCCAGCGAACGGAAAUGGAUGGGUGUGGUGGUUGGUGGGCAGGAUGGAAGCGAUACAGCCUACAUCAAGGGCGCGAUGGAGCGGGUAUUGGAGAGAUGCGACACCUACCUCUCUGGCAACGAAGGCACAAAACCAUUAACGGAAGAGCAUCAACAACAAGUCGACAAAGCCGCCCGGGCGAUGGCAGAGGAGGGUCUACGUGUCCUGAGCUUCGCAUCCGGCACCGUAAAACUCCCCUUGAGAUCCAAAAGCGGCACCUCGACACCCAUGGCUAGCGAGAAGACGAAUGCAGACAGCGAUGUGUAUCAAGGACUUUGCUUCUCCGGCCUAGUAGGAAUGUCCGACCCACCCCGCAAAGGAGUAGACCGCUCAAUCCGGCGUCUCAUGGCCGGCGGCGUAAAAGUAAUAAUGAUAACAGGGGAUGCCGAAACGACCGCCAUCGCCAUCGCAAAAAAACUCGGCAUGCCGAUAAACCUCUCCUCCGCACUCGGCUCCCCGAUCCUACGAGGCGACCAAUUAGACCAUAUGAGCGAAGCCGACUUAGCAGCAACAAUGGACCGGGUUUCAAUAUUUGCGAGGACGAGCCCGGAGCAUAAAAUGAAAAUUAUCCGCGCGCUACAAAGUAGAGGCGACGUCGUAGCCAUGACCGGCGACGGCGUGAACGACGCUCCCGCCCUCAAGAAAGCCGACAUAGGCAUCUCAAUGGGCAAACUAGGUACUGACGUCGCGAAAGAAGCCGCGGACAUGAUUCUCACAGAUGAUGAUUUCAGCACGAUUUUGUCCGCGAUCGAGGAAGGCAAAGGGAUUUUCUACAAUAUUCAGAAUUUCUUGACGUUUCAGCUCAGUACGAGUGUGGCGGCUCUUGGGUUGGUGAUGUUGAGUACGCUUGGUGGGUGGCGGAAUCCGUUGAAUGCUAUGCAGAUACUUUGGAUCAACAUCCUCAUGGACGGUCCCCCCGCCCAAUCCCUCGGCGUCGAACCCGUGGACCCUACCCUCCUGUCCCUCCCGCCCCGGUCCCGGCACGCUCGCGUCCUCACCCCGCGCCUAAUCCGUCGGGUCCUGCAAUCCGGUCUCAUAAUCCUGCUCGGAACGCUCUUCACCUACGUUUCCAACCUCACGGCUUCAGACUUGGAGGCGCAUAGUGUAAGCGAUCGGGACACCACCCUAACCUUCACGCAAUUCGUGCUGUUUGAUAUGUUCAACGCACUCACCAGCCGCUCUGCCUCGAAAUCUGUACUCCGGGGCGAACUGCCGUUGUGGGGUAAGGGGGGCAAUAAAAUGUUUAAUUAUGCUGUUGCGGGGAGUUUGGUGGGGCAGGGGAUGGUGAUAUAUUUCCCGCCAUUGCAGAGGGUGUUUCAGACCGAGGCGUUGUAUUUGGGGGAUUUGGUCAGGUUGGUGGCGAUGGCUAGUCUUGUGCUGUGGGUGGAUGAGGGGAGGAAGUGGUGGGAACGGAGGAGGGGUGGAAGUGGGGUGAUGGGGGGGUAUAGUCGGAGAGUGUAG